CAGGGAAGUUCUCUUAUUCGUUCUUCUCUCAGUGUCUCAGUAAGUCAGAUCCUGGGUGCUGCUUCUUUGAAAGAUUUACCAACGUACUAUGGAGUGAUCUGGACAGUUUUUUCCAAACUAUUUCACUGACCAUCUAGGAAUUUCUCUUUUUUUUUUGCCUAUUUUGCCAUCAAGAUUUUUUGGCUUGUCUCUCAUUUGCAACAUUUCUUGCCGGUUGAUCUUCUCAGGCUUUUUCUCUGCUUUCUGUCGGCUGCUAACCAAUGGAUGAUGAAACAUCUUUUCAGCUCUUCGGCUGUCAUUUAACUUGUAACGCUUGACGUGAAGUUACAGUCUGAAGGACAGGCUCCUUUUACGGAAACCGAGUUAUUUAUUUAUUUUAUUUUGUGCAUCGAAGACCGGCAAAACUUGAAAACAUGAGUUUUGAUAGCAUUCCUUCGAAAUCAGAGGUCAUGGGUUGGGAUCCACCUCAUUUAGCUGACUUUUUGAGAAGGCGAGAUCUGAGUGGAUGUGACAAAGUCGUGAUGAAAUGUGGAAUGAAUGGGCAGAGAUUUCUGAACAUGUCCGAUAAUGACCUUCAAAAGUUCCCCAAACUUCAUGCCCCACUCAUCUCCAAGAUUUCCCGGGAAAUCAACAAAAAAGAAGAGAAGAGAGGAUUUUUCCAAUUAAGAUCCUCUGCACCCAAGUACCAAGAAGCAGAUUUGCCUGUGGAGGACCAAGGAUGGGGAUCUGAAGAGUUUGAAAGCGACGAUGAUUAUGAGAGUCCAAAUUCAAACGAUGAAGGAGAAGGCAGUGGUGGAGAUUAUGAAUCGGCAGCAGACGCUGGUGUGGACAGCGAUAACGACUACGAGCCGCCCCCGAGUGAGCCACCCGAUGACCUCCAGCAUCACCAGAUCUGUGCUGCCAAGCACAGCAACAGCGAGUACAUUGAUCGGUCUUCAGUCACCAGUCAGCCACCAGUGCCUCCAGCACGGCCCGGGCCCGGUCCUGGUCCUCCACUUCCUGCUAUGGGACGCCCGAGUAUUGUUGGCUCAUACCCAAGGACAGAACAGUCUCCUCAAAGGACUCAGAGACCUCCUCCUCCUGAUCGCAGUAAAAAGCCAGGAAGUCUGGAAAGAUCGACUAAUAAAGGUGGGAAUAUCCCAAAUGAGAGGAACGCCAAGCCGCCAGGAAGACAAACACUUGACCCCAGACCUGAGUUCUUUGAUGAUGGUGCCAGGUCCAGCUUCACCUUUCCUCACUCCAAACACGCCAGGAAUCCAUCACCAAGACCACACGGAUCCGGAGGUCCACCUGACAGUAUUAGUCAGACUGCCUCUCUACCUCCAAGACUGCCAGAUGCAAUGAGAGGGGUCAACUCGAGAAUUCCACCACAACCAAUGAGGCCUUCUGACCUAGACUCAAGAGGAGAGCAGGGUAUGAACCCUGCAUGGUAUGUUGGACAGGUUACACGUGGUCAGGCAGAAGGCAAUCUAAGACAUGUAAACAUGGAUGGAGCAUUCUUAGUACGGGACAGCUCAAAGGGCUCGGCCAGUCAGCCUUACACACUCAUGGUGCUUUACCAGAACAAAGUCUUCAACAUUCAGAUCCGCAAAGCGCAGGAUGGCUUCCUGCUCGGUACUGGCCUUAAGUCUAACGAGGUUUUUAAAAGCGUCACUGAAAUUAUCAACCAACACAUGCAGAUGCCACUGCUGCUGAUUGAUGCUAAAAACCGUGGAACAGGCCAACAAAACCAGUGCACUCUGCUUCACCCUGCUGGAUUUUAACUCUCUAAAGGACAACAUAGUAGAGCGGGCAGUUAAAUCACGCCUGAUGAGAGGGAAAAUACAUCACUCUGAACAGAUAUUUUCUCAGGUGGAUCAUAAAGAGGCGGUAGAAUUGUUUUCAUUUUUUGUUACUUGUACAUUUUUGAUGUCGUAGCAAUAUGCUGGAUAUGUGUCUUGCUAUAGAUGAAUACACAUCAAUCAGGCAUAACAUUAUGUCCAGGUGAAGUGAAUAAGACUGAUGAUCUCCUCAUCAUGGCACCUGUUAGUGGGUGGGAUAUAUUAGGCAGCAAGUCAACAUUUUGUCCUCAAAGUUGAUGUUAGAAGCAGGAAAAAUGGACAAGCGUAAGGAUUUGAGCGAGUUUGACCAAAAGGGCCAAAUUGUGAUGGUUAGACCACUGGAUCAGAGCAUCUCCAAAACUGCAGCUCUUGUAGGUCUGCAGUGGUCACUAUCUAUUAAAUUAUCCUUUACAUCCUGUAAGUAUCCUUUAAGUCCUGUAAGCUACGAGGUGGGGCACAUGGAGGCCAGAAACCACAGCACACCUUCAGGGAUCUAACGGAGACCAUGCCUCAACAGGAUCAGCACAAUAUUAAGCCAUAUUUGGUCAUAAUGUCAUGCCUGAUCUGUAAAAAAAAUUUUGUAAUUCUGUGCUGCUCUACACAGCCUGAUAAACAAAAGAAAGUAUACAGAGACAUAUACUGGAAGAUAUAGAACUGGAGACUGGACAGCCACCAGUGCAAAAAAACAAAAACCAAGUGCACGAGUCAAUCAUGGAUUAAGCUAAACCUAUCAAACUUUUUAUUUCCAUACAAAUAUUCUUCAAAAAUAUUUAUGUCUUUGCAUGUAUGGUCAAACAAACAGAAAUGCUUGGAUGUCUCUUCUUCUGUUUUCUUGCUUGAAUAAAAUCCUCUGCGCCUCGAACCUCUCCUGGUGUACAUCCUCCAUAUGCACUCUAUUUAGGAAUAAUAAGUAGUCUGUUUCCAUGAGAGACACUUCUGGCAAGCCAAAGAUUUCGGUUUUAUUUCCAAUUAAUAUCUCGACAGUUAAAAAAAACGACCUGCAGAUGAUAAAAAACAAAAACUAUCAAACUGUCAUCAGGGAUUGGGCGCGUAUCUGCACAAAGGGAUUCAGUUACGA